GCAGCACGUCACGACAACACCCGACAUGUCACUCUCUAAGCCCGAAGUAUCACUGCACCAACUAAGCGAGCACGCUGUCGUAGGCGUCAACUGGAGGCCCAUGCGGCUAGUCGGAGAAGUACCACGCGAGCAUGCGUGUGAUCACUGCCGCGUCAUCCCGAGGGAAACGGCCAUGCUGCCAUGCGAGCACGUCCUGUGCCACCUCUGCCGCCAAGCGAACACUUCGACGGGCAGAUUGGUGUGUCCCAUCGAUAAGCGGUCUUGCGAUAAAGAAGAACUCCGGAUGAUGCAGCUACCGGAAACGGCAUUGAACGCCUUGAAGGCACAUUGCUGGAAUGAAGACAAAGGCUGCCAGUUUGUCGGCCCCGUGGAAACUCUGCUCCGGCAUUACGAGAGGGACUGCGGGUUCCGCUCCAUUCAGUGUUCAAUAAGUCGGGAGAGAGUGCUCCUCAAAGACCUGCCGGUGCAUUGUAAUGGAGAGGAAUGCACGGCCACCGGAGAGGCCGCUGCAGCUUCCGCCAGCUCUUACCCGACCCGGGACGCAACACCAUCGGUCAGCAGCAUCACGGAUACCGUGGAAGAACAGAAGAGGCAACUUCGCGAGAUUCAUUCGCACGUCGCUGUUAUGCAGUCCCAGGUAGAGAAGCUCCACGAAGCGUCGGCGAUGAGAAUGCGAAAGGCGCAAGAAUUACAGCGCCAGCAAGCAGAUCGCGAGCGUCAACCGAAGGGAGGCAGCUUACUUCGAAAGUUCAACAAUUCCUUGCGUCGUAGCUUUGGGAAAGCCAGGAAAGCGAGAGAGUCAGAAUCAGUGCAGCAGCUUGCCGAAACCGUCGACAGUGUAGGCGAAUCAAGUCAGAUAUAAUGCGACAGUUCUUCCGAUUUACACUGCCUAAUCGGGACGUUAUUCUGAAUAUUGUCGAAUUCCGUCGAGCUGUCAAAUUCCGUCAUUGGUCAACUCUGAAUCAAUAAGGCUGCCACGGACCCUCUGAGUGGAUUAAAAUUCCGCCACUACAAAAUGUGCCGACAUGGCGGAAUCCGACAGUGUCCAAAAUGGUACCACUGGACAGAAAUCAAAGAACUGGCACGAAACCGUGCUGACGCUAGUCGUCAAACCUACACUUAUAAAAUCAAAUCAAUGUUUCAUCCAAGUUGAAAGGUUUUAGAACUGUGAAGUAUCGAUAAACAUGAUAUGCAUGGAUAAAAACAGGGGGAGCUCAAACAGAAAAAAAAACUUUGCUGUCAUCUCGCGCACACAAAAAUUCUCUCACAGAAUUAAUAAAGCAUAUCACAGAAAAUUAUGA